AUGAAAUUUCUUGUUUUAAGUGUUGAGAAAAAGAAGGAGAAGAAGAGGACGCGAAUGAAGCGAAACAAAAGUCCGGGCAUUUCCCAGAGAGGGUACGUGUCCUCGAAUGACAGCGGUUCCAGUAAUGACGUCCAACCGAAACCCCCGAACAACACUAGAAUCAAACAACACACCCGUGGCUUUAGUCAGGGCUCUUACACCCCGCAAGACAUGGCCCACACUCUGGGCCGCACUUCCAAUAGUUCAGCCGAAGAUCACCUCAACAGCAACGACAACAACACCGCCGCCAAUAAUCAUAGAGAAUUGGCCACACAUUCGGCCAAUUUGUGCACAAAUGGCAGCGGAGGCGAAGUGACCGCAAUUCAGUCGAGUCUCCAGAAUUUCAGUUCAACCGACGAAUUGGAUUCACUGUUACCGCACUCAUCGGACGCCCAGCGGACGCGUGCACUCAUUGAACACUUCCACACGAAGAUUAUUCGCACCAAAGAAUCGAUUAAAACCGAACAGAACUCGAGGGACGAGAACGUGAAUGAAUACCUGAAACUGGCGGCCAAUGCCGACAAAAAUCAAUUGACAAGAAUUAAGAGUGUCUUCGAGAAAAAGAAUCAAAAGUCGGCCCAAACUAUCGCACACUUGCAGAAGAAGUUAGACAAUUAUAACAAGAAGAUUAAGGAGACGGAAGCGCGCGGACUGUCGGCCGGUCACCACAAGCAGACCCGCGAAAUGUUGCGCGACUUCGGACAGGGACUCAAAGACGUCGGCGUCAACAUCAAGGAAGGCGUGACCGGUCUGUCGGGCGGUGUGUUUGGUGUCAUCCAUUCGGCCGGAGAGACUGUUAUGACAAAACCGAAAGAGUUUUUUAAGAAUCGUUUCGCCAGUACUGAAAACGUUAGUUCAGCAGAAAAGACAAACGAGGAAACGGUGGGCGCUGUAAGCGGUGCGACGAACGCUGACAUUGAAUGCGGAGACACAACCACUGGUAACAAAUAUGGUGUGAGUGGAGGCCAAACGGGCGGUCACUUCGCGCUGUCAGCUACUGCUUUCGAGAUCAUACUGCAGCCCAAGGCCGUCCUUCAGGCGUCCACACAUUUACCGCCGCCGCCCGACACUGCCGUCACGCCCACCGCUCUCAUCGAUAUGGAGCAGAUUGUCAUCGAAUUGAAAGAACGCCGCGAAGAAUGUCGACGAAUGUCCGAAGACGUGGAUUCGCUGAAGAGUCAACUCCAGAACGAAUGCUCUGUAUUUCAUCAGUCAUUGCAAGAGGAAAGAUAUCGGUUUGAGAGAUUAGAGGAACAGAUGAAUGACUUAAUAGAGUUACACCAAAACGAAAUCGAGAAUCUGAAGCAGAAUAUGGUUGAUAUGGAGGAGAAAGUCCAGUACCAGAGCGAAGAGCGUCUCAGAGAUGUGCACGAAAUGCUUGAAAGUUGUCAAACAAGGAUCUCACGUAUGGAACACCAACAGCACCAGCAUUUGCAACAACUCGUAAAUCUCGACUCAUUGGAGAAUUCAAACGCCAGAGCACUGGUCCUAAAGCUAAUUAACGUUGUGCUCACUAUUCUUCAGGUUGUCUUACUAUUGGUCGCAACCAUUGCUAACAUAUUAGCGCCGUUUCUACAGACAAGAUUACGAAUGGUUACGAGUAUAAUCGUAUUGUUCGUAUGUAUGGUGUUAUUCCAACAGUGGCCUGACUUCGGGUCGUGGACUCGACGCAAGAUAUCGGAGAAUUGGAUCCACUAUUCAUCGACGCUCGACAGCGAUUUUUACCAACAGCACCAGCAUUUGCAACAACUCGUAAAUCUCGACUCAUUGGAGAAUUCAAACGCCAGAGCACUGGUCCUAAAGCUAAUUAACGUUGUGCUCACUAUUCUUCAGGUUGUCUUACUAUUGGUCGCAACCAUUGCUAACAUAUUAGCGCCGUUUCUACAGACAAGAUUACGAAUGGUUACGAGUAUAAUCGUAUUGUUUGUAUGUAUGGUGUUAUUCCAACAGUGGCCUGACUUCGGGUCGUGGACUCGACGCAAGAUAUCGGAGAAUUGGAUCCACUAUUCAUCGACGCUCGACAGCGGUUGAGAACAACUUUUGAUUAGAUUUUGAAUUUAUAACUAAGAAUUGUAAACUUGUAUACAAUCAUUUCAAGACAUCACUCCCCUAUUGAAACGGCUAUUGAAUUAUAACCAUUUAUUUAGUUGAAAAGACUUCCCAAACACACGCAUCCCUUUCUCACACAUACAAACAUGUCUUGACUGGAAGUCUUGAAGUGAUAUUCCUGUUGUGAUAUCGAUCCCAAAACGGUAUUAUAGAGUUUGUAUAAACAUCUAUACAUUUGAAUACUUAUGUAUGUAUUUUGAAUCGACGCCAAAAAGUAUACUCAAAACCAAUACAUAAACAAAAUGUAAUAUUAGGAACAAAGUGCCCAAAAAAUGUUUUGUUGAUUACAUCGAUAAAUGUAAUGAUAAUAGAGGUAUAGAUUAUAACUGUAUAUAUUAUAAUAUUAUACAAUAUCUAUGUAUACAAAACUGAUUUUGUUCUCAUAUUGAAAAUAUAUAUUCAAAUAUAUAGCAGAAUCUCCCAAAUAGUAUUGAACUCCCAAUUUUGACAAUGAACAAGAUCAUUUUUCUAUAUUUUUAUUAAUUUUUAAAUACAGAAUAUAUUUUAAUUUUCUUUAUUUUUUAUUUGAGACGAGUUUUAAUUUUUAAUAAAACAAAUUAUAAAUUAAUUGUUCAUAUAUUUUAAAAGUACAUUAUAUUAAUGCUGUCAUUGAGAUAACAAACGUGUCAUUUCAUUAUUAUAGCCCCCCUCUGCCCACUCUCUCGCCACACACCCAAACCAAACAGCAAAAUUAUAUUUGGUUUAGUCAAACAUAAUUACAUUAAUAGUUUCAGUCGAUAUAUUCAUUUCAUACCGGUUUUGCAUAUAAUGUAAAUAUAUUAUUAUAAAUAUGGUACGAAUUAUUUCCAAAUAAAUCUAUUAAUAAAUCUAAAUGUAUAUACAGUAUCAAACAAAUAA